AGAGUGCGCAGCGAAUCCUCAGUCAGAUCGCGGACAGCAGCGGGGAGAUGCUGCCGUCCAGGACGGCGAAACGAGACAGUUUGCCACUAAAUUGGACACUUCUUUCAUAUUCGUCCAAACAUGGAUAAUAACGACACAUAUCUCCAUCUCAUGGAAUCAUUUUGGAUCUCACACCUCAUCUGAUCUCCAGCCAAGACUGAAAGAAAGUGCCACAACUGUGACUGUGAAGAGGCACAGCAAGUCAUUCUAAGGAUAGAUGUUCCAUCUGAUCAGAAUGUGACAUUUAGAGGUCAUUAAUACCACAAGAACUAGCCAGCUCUCGAAGACCACUCUCCUAUGACACUCUUGAGUAAGUGUGGCUGCUGAGGAUAGCUUUUACAAUCUUCACACUGAUCAUUCAAGGCAUUGCAGAAGAGUCAUUUCAAAGGAAAGAGCAAGAGGCAUCACGGGAAAAGAACAGUUGGAAAACAAUCGCUCUAUAAUGCCUUUAAAUUGCAGCGAGAGUUCUUCGUUGCAGGUAGCACACGGUCACCUCAGCUCUCCUCCGUCCCAGCCUCCUCUGAGCUCCAUGGUGUCUCACCAUCACCCGUCCAUCAUCAACGGUCUGGGGUCUCCAUACUCAGUCAUCACCUCCUCCUCCCUGGGCUCGCCUUCGGCCUCCAUGCCCACCACUUCCAGCAUGGGCUAUGGAGCACUUAACAGUCCUCAGAUGAACUCUCUGAACAGUGUUAGCAGCUCAGAAGACAUUAAACCUCCCCCAGGACUGGCAGGACUAGGCAGCUACCCUUGCGGCAGUCCCGGGUCCCUCUCCAAACACAUCUGUGCCAUUUGUGGAGACCGAUCCUCAGGGAAACAUUAUGGCGUUUACAGCUGUGAAGGAUGUAAAGGCUUUUUCAAGAGAACCAUUCGGAAAGACCUGACGUACACUUGUCGAGACAAUAAGGACUGCCAGAUAGACAAACGUCAGCGAAACCGCUGCCAGUACUGCCGCUAUCAGAAGUGUCUCGCCAUGGGCAUGAAGAGAGAAGCGGUGCAAGAGGAGAGACAGCGUGGUCGGGAGAGGAGUGAUAAUGAAGUGGACUCCAGCAGCAGCUUUAAUGAAGAGAUGCCAGUGGAGAAGAUCCUGGAUGCUGAGCUGGCAGUGGAGCCCAAGACAGAAGCUUACAUGGAGUCCAGCAUGAGCAACUCGACGAAUGACCCAGUGACCAAUAUCUGCCAGGCUGCAGAUAAGCAGCUCUUUACGCUUGUUGAAUGGGCGAAGAGGAUCCCGCACUUCUCUGAUCUCCCUCUGGAUGAUCAGGUCAUCCUGCUGCGAGCAGGUUGGAAUGAGCUGCUCAUCGCUUCAUUCUCACAUCGCUCAGUGACGGUAAAAGACGGCAUCCUGUUGGCCACCGGCCUGCAUGUCCACCGCAGCAGUGCUCACAGUGCCGGUGUGGGCUCUAUAUUUGACAGGGUAUUAACAGAGCUGGUGUCUAAGAUGAGGGACAUGCAGAUGGACAAGACGGAGCUGGGCUGUUUAAGAGCAAUUGUCCUCUUUAACCCAGAUGCAAAAGGACUGUCAAACCCAUCAGAGGUGGAGGCGUUAAGGGAAAAAGUGUAUGCUUCGCUGGAGGGCUACACCAAACACAACUACCCGGAUCAGCCUGGAAGGUUUGCCAAGCUGCUCCUGCGUCUCCCUGCUCUGCGCUCCAUUGGACUGAAGUGUCUGGAGCAUCUGUUCUUCUUCAAGCUCAUUGGAGACACACCUAUAGACACUUUCCUCAUGGAGAUGCUGGAAGCGCCGCAUCAAAUUACAUGACACCAGUCCUGCCGCAUGUAAAUAAACCCCAGCGCACACUUUAUAACCCCUUUAUAACAACAAAGAAGUUCUUAUUUUCUACCAAGCACAAUGUGAAGAAAAAAAACAAACACAAGAAAGAUUUGUAUCGGUAUUUUCCAAGAAAAAAAGACACUGUUGAAGUAAAUUGUAUGAGUACUGUAAACCUUUAUUUUGUAUAUAGAUUUUACCAGCUGUGAUAGCAGGAAGAAACUAAAUGUGAAAAUAUUUAAUUCAAUGCAAAACUGUGUAAACAUUCACCAGCAAUGAGUUUAGAAUUCUGUGAAAAUAAUUAAUAAUAAUAAUAAAACGGUUGUUUAAAAUGUGUUGUUGUUGGUUAUUUUUGAAAUAACCAUUUGUGGAUUAAAUGUGAUUUUCCACAACUGUUUUUUGUUGUUGUUGUACAAAAUAAAACCUGAAUUCCUUCCUUUUCUGCUUAAAACAUA